AUGCUGCAGUAUAUUCUCUUUCCAACUUUCCUCAUAGUCUAUGCAAUGACUUGGCUUGGAAACGUCCUCAUCAUCACCACAGUAAUCAUAGAUCAACAGCUCCAAAAGCCUAUGUACAUUUUGUUGGGAAAUUUAGCCUUCAUAGACCUAAGUGAAUCCUCAGUGACUUUGCUCAAAAUGCUAUGGGACCUCCUGUCUGAGGUUAAGACCAUUAGUUUUUGGGGAUGCAUUACACAGAUGUUUUUCUUCCAUUUCACAGGAGGUGCUGUGGCCAUCCUCCUCAUAGUGAUGGCUCUAGAUCAGUAUGUGGCUCUCCAUAAACCUUUGCAGUACCUAAACAUUAUGAAUCACAACACUCUCCUCGGGCUGAUAGCAGGAGCAUGGGUAGGGGGGUUUGUUCAUUCUAUUGUGCAGGUAGCACUGGUCACUCAGUUGCCGUUCUGUGGACCAAAUUUUCUAGACAACUUCUACUGUGAUGUCCCACAGGUAAUCAAACUGGCUUGUACAGAUAUCUAUGUGGUUGAGCUACUCAUGGUGUCCAGUAGCGGACUGCUUACAAUCCAUCUGAUAGUGUUGUAUGCUGCCAUCCUGAUCAAAAUUAGGAAUCAUAUCACAAAGCACAAAGCCUUUUCUACUUGUGGAGCUCAGGUUGCAGUUGUGAGCAUCCAUUUUGUACCCUGCAUCUUCAUCUAUGUGCAUCCAUUCCGAAAGGUUGUGGUGGACAAAGCCAUGUCGUCUCUUUAUACACUCAUCACUCCAAUGCUUAAUCCCAUGAUCUACACACUGAGGAACAUGGAGAUGAAGAAUGCCAUCAAUAGAUUACUCAACAACAUCUUUUUCAGGAUGAGAAAUUCAUGGCUGUCCUUUCCUUAG